AUGGUAUCUACACUUCAACGCAACAGACUGAAGAAAUUCAGCAGACUGAUGAUAAUUACAAUACAGUGCAGUGGCAAGGAGGUGCUGGACAAGGCUCGCUCUCUUGUUCUACUGCUUGCCACUCUUGCCGCUGCCAUCACCUACACAGCGGGGUUGAAGCCACCGGGAGGGCUUUGGCAGGACAACACCAACGGGCACAUGGCCGGUGACCCCAUCCUUCUCACAACCAAUGCUAGCCGAUACAAGGCCUUCUUCUACUGCAACUCGGUUGCCUUUGUGGCCUCCUUGGUGGCCAUUGUCCUAGUCCAGAUGGAAAUUCUGGUCAAGCACCACGUGCUGGAGGCAGCCAUGAUACUCGACCUGUUUGGCCUCAUUGGUGCAUAUGCCGCCGGGAGCUGCCGGGACGCGAACAACUCCAUUUACGUCAUCGCUUUGGCAGGCCUCGUCCUGGUCUAUGUGGUGAUCCAUGUUAUCUUCUUCACGCUGGACCACGAGGACAAACACCACGGCGACCAGGUAAAUCAGUUGCUGGAGAAGAGGCGCAAACGGUUGCUCCUCUUCGCGAUCUUGGCUGCGACCAUUACCUACCAAGCCGGCCUCACCCCUCCUGGUGGCUUCCUGCUCCAGGAUGACAAGCUCGGGCACCAGGCUGGCGACCCGGUCCUCUUGUACAACUUCCCGCGUCGCUACAAGGCAUUCUUCUACUGCAACUCGGUGAGCUUCAUGCUUUCCAUCUCCCUCAUCCUCCUCCUGGUGAACCCCAAUCUAUACAGGCCAGCCAUACGAAGCAAUGCGCUAUCUGUUUGUACGGCGGUGGGCUUGUUUUGUUUGAUGGUGGCCUACGCCGCUGGAAGCACCCAACACCUCAAGACAUCCAUCUACAUCUUUGUGUUGGUCGGUGCGGUCCUCUUCGUUGCAGCUGGACUGCUGCUAGUAUUUGCGCUGAGGGAGCAAAAUAAUAGUGACAAUUCAGCAGCUGCCGCCCCAUCCAUAUCCCAUGAACAGGAGGAGGAAGAAGAAGAAAGGAAGAAGGAGGAAGAAAGGAAGAAGCACGCGAGGCGCAAGUACCUGAUGCUGCUAGGAAUCUUGGUGGCGAGCGUUGCCUACCAGGCCGGCCUGGAACCGCCCGGCGGAGCAUGGCAGAGCAGUGGCAAUGGAUAUGAGGCGGGCGAUCCGGUGAUGCAUGAUAUCAGGAGGCCUCGGUACCUCGUCUUCUUCUACAGCAACUCCUUUUCCUUCGUGGCUUCCAUUGUUGUCAUCAUGAUGUUACUGCCGCACUGGCUGCCAAACAGGAAGAAAGAAGAAUGGGAGAAAUGGUCGUUGAGGGUGAUGAACUGGACGAUCCUGCUGGAUUUGGUCACUCUCCUAGUGGCCUAUGCAGCCGGCUCCAGCAGGGGUUGGAAGACGUCUGUGUAUGUCAGUAUGCUCAUACUUGCCGUUCUGGGCUACUUUGCAAUCCAUAUGACGCUGUCAAUAUGGUCUGAUCGUUGUCGUCGCCGUCGUCUUCGUGAGAGGCUUCAGAGCAGCCAAGAAAAUCCUCGAGUGUGA